AUGCAGCAGCAACAGCACCUGCAACAGCAGCAGCAGCAGCAGCAGCAGCAGCAGCAGCAGCAGCAGCAGCAGCAGCAGGCGUUCGGAGCGGAUCUCCCCCCUGAGCUAAGACAGAAGGUUGUUGACUCUUUGGGGCUGCAUGCAGAUGGCAGCUACGAGGCAACAGUGUGGCUGCAGCAGCUGCAGCAGCAGCAGCAGCAGCAGCAGCAGCAGCAGCACCUGCAGCCUUUGCUGCAGUGGCUGCUGCACCCUUUUGCUGUUUUCCCUCCACUGUCUGUGAAGUGUAAUACAUUUGCUCUGCUGCAGCAGCAGCAGCAGCAGCAGCUGCAGCAGGAGCUGCAGCAGCAGCAGCUGCAGCAGCAGCAGCAGAUAUCUCCUGCUGCUGCAGCAGCAGCAGAUGCUUAUAGACGCUUCGAUGAAACAGCAAAACUCGUCGCGCUGCAGCUGCUGCUGGAGACAGUGAACGCAUGCAUAUCCCCACCUUCUCGCUGCUGA